AUGGCGACAGCGAUAGUGGAAAAGAAGGAUAGAUCCAAGCUCAUCCCGUUCUCGUCGAGAUUGAAAGAAGGCCGUGCAUUGGCACAAGAUGUGUGGUCCAUCUUCAACGCUCUGAAUCUGCCAGCAGAUUGCAUCAAUUUGGGCCAGGGAUAUAUGAACUUCCCCCCACCAGCAUGGGUGACCGAAGCAGCUGAAGAGGCGCUGCGAACAGUGGCUCCUAACCACUACUCUCACCCGAAAGGGCGGAUACGCCUUCGUGAGGCUAUCAAGAAGUUCUAUGGGCCCCAACUCGGGCGAGAACUUGACGUGGAAAGCGAGAUCCUUGUUACAAGCGGUGCCAAUGAAGGACAAUAUUCUGUCUUCACCGCGUUCUUGGAACAAGGGGACGAAGUCAUCAUGUUCGAACCAUUCUUCGACCAGUAUUUACCAUCCGUGACGUUCAAUGGUGGCAAGCCAGUAUACGUGCCCCUGCACCCGCCGGCACACGACAUCUCAAAACCCACUAGCAAUGACUGGACGAUCGAUAUUGCCGAGUUACGACGCGCUGUCACUCCGCGUACGAAGAUGAUCAUCGUGAAUACCCCGCAUAACCCCGUAGGAAAAGUCUUCACCAAGAAGGAACUCGAGGAAAUCGCAGCUGUAGCCGAGGAGUUCAACUUGUUGGUCAUGUCCGAUGAAGUAUAUGACUGCCUUGUUUUCGAUGGCAAGGAACAUAUUCGUAUCGCAAAUUUACCUGGAAUGUGGGACCGCACCGUUACUGUUGGUUCCGCGGGAAAGGCCUUUGCGGCAACUGGGUGGCGUGUCGGUUGGCUCAUCGGCCCAGCAUCCAUUAUCCAACCCACCCUAGCUGCAACCACGCGUAUCGUCUUCUGCACCAACUCUCCCCUCCAGGAAGCAGCUGCCAGCGGCCUAGAGCAAGCAAAAGAACGGCAAUACUUUGAGAUUCAACGUGCUGAAUACGCAGAGAGACGUAAGAUCCUCGUAGACGUGUUCGACCAGUUGGGCUUGAAAUAUACCCUUCCCGAAGGAAGCUACUUCAUCCUUUUGGAUAUCUCCAAUGUGAAGUUCCCCGAUGAUUAUCCUUUCCCCAAAAGCGUGCUGGGGCGCGGCCGAGACUUCAGGGCUUGUUGGUUCAUAGCUAUGGAGAUAGGUGUUUCGUCUAUUCCCGUCAGCGAGUUCUACUGCGAAGAACAUGCCAACAUAGGGGAGGCUUACGCGCGCUUCGCCUUCUGCAAAGAUGUAGAUACUCUCGGGAAAGCUGCCGAACGCUUGAAGAACUUGAAAAAUUAUAUGUAA